ACUGACGAUUGCCAACCGCUUUUUCUUUUUGUGUGUAAGUGUCGUUCAUGGAAAACUGUUGCGUUUAAAAUAAUUUCCGACGUUUUUCACAGCUAGAAAUACUAUUCGUCAUUAAUUUAGCUAAUUGUACAUCACUGGUGAUAUUAAUAACUAGUGAAUUUUAGCGGGACUUUAUACCUGCUUGCAUCCAAUCUAACCUCAAAGUUUAUCGCCGUUUGAAGCAGAACAGAGAAGAAUUUUGUAAAGUUUAUAACAAUGGCGAAAGUACAGCUGUGCAACAUCACUGUGAUGGACAAUCCGAGCCCGUUUUCCAACCCCUUUCAAUUUGAGAUUACUUUUGAGUGUAUUGAAGAACUUAAAGAAGAUCUAGAGUGGAAAAUGAUUUAUGUAGGGUCAGCAGAGAGUGAGGAACAUGAUCAAGUACUGGAUUCUGUCUUUGUGGGCCCGAUUCCUGAAGGAAAACACAUGUUCAUGUUCCAAGCAGAACCGCCGAAUGUGGCACGAAUUCCUGAAAACGACGCCAUCGGCGUGACUGUUGUCCUCCUCACUUGCCUAUACAAAAACCAGGAGUUUAUUCGUGUCGGUUACUUUAUUAACAAUGAAUAUGCGGAUCCUGAAAUGCGCGAGAAUCCGCCAAGUCCACCGCAAUUCGAUCAAGUGACGCGAAACAUCCUGGCGUCUGAACCAAGAGUAACCAGAUUUAAAAUCAACUGGGAGGAUCCGACGCCGGCCGCCGAGACGCCAAUCAUCACCGGUUUCAAUGAGAAUAGCAAUAGUAUCUCAACAAUGGAAUGCGCGUAAGCGAAACACACAGCGUGCGUCAACUCAAUUAGUUUUAAUUCUAUUUUGUAAUUAUCGUUAACUUAAGUGCCAAUAGAACUAUUUUCUAUAAAUGACAUUCUGGAUCGA